UUAAAUUGAUUCUUAUUUAAUUUACUAUUCAUUUAACAUUCUAUAGUUUUAUUGUCUGUUCUAAAUAGAAAAACAAUUUAUUUCCAAUUUACUCAGUUAAUUGUUCCGUUUGUCAGAAUUUGUUUAGUUUUCUCUGGACAUUAUGUUGAGAUUCACUUUAUCCCGAUCUGUUAUUCCUGUUGGUCCAUUCAGGUUAACUGUUUCCUCUUGUGCCAAUUUAAAUGGUGCAAAUGUCAACUUGCAGCAAAAUCGUUGUGCUUCAACGACAAAACCAGGAAGUGAUAUUGUUCUUAUUGAUGGUGUUCGAACGCCAUUUGCCGUCUCAUUUACCGAUUAUAAGAACAUGAUGGCCUAUGAGCUACAAAAACACGCAGUUCUAUCUUUGAUUAGAAAAACUGGAGUCAAUAAGGAAGACAUUGAAUACAUUGUUUGUGGUACCGUUAUCGCUGAACCUAAGACAUGUAACAUUGCUCGAGAAGUUGUUUUGACCGCUGGUCUACCCAUGAAUAUACCUGCACAUACCGUUACUCAAGCUUGUAUUUCUGCUAAUCAAGCUAUAACCACAGCUAUGGGUUAUAUUAACAGUGGUAUUGCCGAUGUCGCUAUUGCUGGUGGUGUUGAAUAUUUGACUGAUGUUCCGAUCCGACAUAGUCGAGAGAUGAGACAACUCAUGUUGGCCGCUAGUAAAGUCAAGAAAACUUCACAAUACUUUUCACUUUUAUCCAAAUUUAAGCUGAAAUACUUGGCACCCGAACUUCCUGCUAUUGCCGAAUUUACCACUAAUGAAGUUAUGGGUCAUUCUGGUGAUCGUUUAGCUGCUGCAUUCCAAGUUUCAAGACAAGAACAAGAUGAAUUUGCAUUCCGAUCUCAUUCGUCAGCUGAUAAAGCUCAAAAGGCUGGUUAUCUAGAUGAUGUUGUACCAAUUAACGUGGCCAAAGGACGAGUUGAAAAAGACAAUGGUAUUAGAGUAUCAAGCGUAAAAGAUAUGGCCAAAUUGCGACCUGCGUUCGUUAAGCCUCAUGGAACUGUUACUGCUGCUAAUUCCUCGUUUUUGACCGACGGAGCUUCUGCUUGUCUAAUCAUGACCGAGGCUAAAGCUAAACAAUUAGGACUCAAGCCAAAAGCUUAUCUGAGACAAGCAGUUUACACAUCUCAAGAUCCUAAAGACCAACUUCUUCUCGGGCCUGCUUACUCUAUACCCAAAGUUUUGGAUAAAUCUGGACUUUCUCAAGAUAUUGAUGUUUUUGAGCUUCACGAAGCUUUCGCUGGUCAAGUUUUAGCCAAUCUAAAGGCCUUAGACAGUGACUUUUUCGCCAAAAACUAUUUAGGUCGAUCUGAAAAGGUCGGUGCUCUUCCAAUGGAUAAACUCAACAAUUGGGGAGGCUCUUUGUCCAUCGGUCAUCCAUUCGGUGCUACCGGCGUUCGUUUAGCAACAAUGACCGCAAAUCGAUUAAUCAAAGAAGGAGGUAAAUACGGAGUCCUUGCCGCUUGUGCAGCCGGUGGAUUGGGUCACGGAAUGCUUAUUGAACGAUAUCCAAAUUAGAGAUAAUUGUUGAUUACAUUUAAUGGAUUUAUACAAAUUUAAACGAUAAUCCAAAUUUCCUAUCGCGAGAAAAUCAUUUUAUAUUUUUACAAGUUAAUUGGAAAAAUUUAUCUCCAUUUACAAUCAUCAACACAUACACACUCAGGUUUCCUAAAUUGAAAGUGAAUUAAAAAUAAUUUGUCUAUCCUUGGAA